CGCUCCGGGAGCGCACUUUGGGGACAGCAGGGCCCCAGCACUGCGCCGGCGGAGCCAGGCAUCCUCGACUCCGGAGGGCCAGGCUGCUUGGGGACCCGGUGUGACCGGAGGACUUCACUAGCCUUAUCGACUCUAUUUGCAUAACGGAGAAGGCUCGCUUCUUCCCCGCCCCUCGGCUGCGCUCCUUUUCUCUCGCCGCCUCCACCGGUAUCCCGGGUCCACUGCUGCUGCUCCCGGCGGGCCCCUUCUCUUGGGAGCCCCCAGAGCGCCAGCGCCCGGCUCUCCCACUCGCGCCAGCGCGGAGUCCGCAGGCAACUGGAGGCGGGGAGCCCCGGCCAGGGCCGGGCUAGGAAGGCGCGGGGCACGGCCGGGCGCUAACAAAGGGAGCUGCUGCCAGCCGGCGCGGCGCGGGCCCGGGCUCAGCGGCUGUAAGCUCGGCGGCCGGGCGCGCCUGAGCAUGGGUAGAGCCGACUGCACAGGCACUCUGCAGUGAGCACCCUGGGGAACAGCCACAGAGCCCAGCUGAAAUGAACUGGCUCCCCUGAGCCUGUCCCAAGCCCUGCUGCCGGCCUUCACCCCAGCGCUGAGAUGUUUUUUAAUCAUCCUGAGAACAAUGAGCCUUGGCCUCCGGAUACAGUAAAGCAGACCUCCUGCCCAUGGAGAAUAGUGCUAGUUCCUGAGGCUCUGGGGGUCCGGCAGCCCCAGAGGGAGUAGACAGAAGCAGGUUUGUUUUCCUGCUUAAAACAGAGCUACACGUAGCUUUCAUUAUGAUUCACACCAGCCUGAAGAAAAAAUUCAGCUACUGUGUCCUGGCCUUUCUCCUGUUCGCAGCCAUCUGUGUGUGGAAGGAAAGGAGGAAAGGGACUUACUAUGGUUCCCUUAAAGUGCAAACCAAGGACUUCCAGGAGCCAAAGAGCCUUGAGAAGUUGACCACAAGGUCUGCUUUCCGGCCUGCAUCCUUGAGCAGUACCCAGGUCCCCCACCGGCUCAGCCAGAUGGUCAGCCCCAAGGUCCCACGCAAGGCCCAACCGCAGCAGCCCACCUUCCAGGUGUGGAACAAGGACAGCUCAUCCAAAAACCUCAUCCCCAGGCUGCAGAAGAUCUGGAAGAAUUAUCUGCGCAUGAACAAGUAUAAAGUAUCCUACAAGGGGCCAGGGCCGGGCGUCAAGUUCAGCACAGAUGCCUUGCGCUGCCACCUCCGGGACCGUGUGAAUGUGUCCAUGGUGGAUGCCACAGAUUUUCCCUUCAAUACCUCGGAAUGGGAAGGGUACCUGCCCAGGGAGAACAUCAGGACCAAGGCUGGGCCAUGGCGCAGGUGUGCCGUUGUCUCAUCAGCGGGAUCUCUGAAGUCCUCACAACUGGGCCAAGAAAUAGAUGAUCACGAUGCAGUCCUGAGGUUUAAUGGGGCUCCCACAGCCAACUUCCAACAAGAUGUGGGCACGAAGACCACCAUCCGCCUGAUGAACUCUCAGUUGGUCACCACAGAAGGACGCUUCCUCAGGGACAGUUUGUACAAUGAAGGAAUCUUGAUUGUGUGGGACCCAUCUGUGUACCAUGCUGAUAUCCCAAAGUGGUACCAGAAUCCUGACUACAAUUUCUUUAACAACUACAAGAGCUACCGCAAGCUGCAUCCCACCCAGCCCUUUUACAUCCUCAGACCCCAGAUGCCUUGGGAGCUGUGGGACGUCCUUCAGGAAAUCUCCCCAGAGGAGAUCCAGCCCAACCCCCCAUCUUCUGGCAUGCUCGGCAUUGUCAUCAUGUUGACACUGUGUGACCAGGUGGACGUUUACGAGUUCCUCCCCUCCAAGCGCAAGACCGACGUGUGCUACUACCACCAGAAGUUCUUCGACAUCGCCUGCACGAUGGGUGCUUACCACCCACUCCUUUUUGAGAAGAAUAUGGUAAAGUACCUCAACGAGGGCACGGAUGAGGACAUCUAUCUGCUUGGGAAAGCUACGCUGUCUGGCUUCCGAAACAUUCGCUGCUGAGAUGGGCCCCUGGUCAGGCACCAUUGGUCUUCUCCAGCCGUCAUGUCCUGGCUGGUUCUCGGCCACCCCAGCUGGGUAUGAUCAUUUUCGGAGCAGUCUCAGCCAGCGGGGGGUUCUGGCCAACUCGAGCUCUGGGGCUUCCAGAGCUGGAGUCUGGGGAACCAGGCCCAGCCCCAGAGCCUGUGAGCACAGCCCCCAGUCACACACCCAGACACACACACGUCACAUCCAUUCCACAUAGCAUGCUCCCCUCUUUACACACAGGUAGACACAAGAUCUACUUUUUCCACCUGGGCUGCCAAAGCUGGGAAUGUUUUCCUCACAAAUCCUCUACUAGGCUGCUUGAGAUCUCUACCUAGGGGUGAUGUUUUAUUUUAUUUUAUUUUUUUUUGCUUCGAAUGCCUUCAGGACAGGUUUGACUGGUUGGAGUUGUGGGGA